UCACUUCUAUUUUUGCUCAAAAACACUACUUAUAUACGAAUUAAGCCUAUCACUUCAAUUCUUACAUAUAUAUAGCUACAAGUGUUGAACAAAUACCGGCCGACAUAUAUUAUAUAUGGCUCAAACUCAACAUCACUUCCUGUUAGUAACCUAUCCAGCUCAAGGUCACGUUAACCCAGCUCUCGAGUUUUCUAAACGACUCAUCCGCCAAUUAGGUGCUAAAGUUACCUUCAUCAUCACUGCCUCCGCCUAUCGCAAAAUCGGUCGGGUUCCAGAAGGUUUCAACUUUGUCGUAUUUUCAGAUGGCUUUGAUGAUGGUUUCAAGUCCAUUGCCCAUGAUCAUACGUUUUUCAUGACUCAGUUGAAGACACGCGGAUCAGAGAGUGUGAAACAAACUAUUCUUUCUAAUAGUGCUCAAAAUAAUGGCACUCAUCCGAUUACUUGCUUGGUUUAUACACCCCUACUUCCUUGGGCCGCAGAAAUAGCGCGUGGCCUUAAUGUGCCAUCAGCACUUCUUUGGAUUCAACCAGCUUCGAUAUUACGAGUCUAUUACUAUUACUUCAACGGGUACGAUAAACUCAUUAGAGAUUGUACAAGUAGUGAACCUAUUGAAUUACCGGGGUUACCAGCUCUUACAAGUCACGACCUCCCUACCUUUUGUCUCCCGUCAAACCCUUACGGAUUUUUUUUGGAUGCAGUCAAAGAGCAACUUGAUAUGGUGGCUUCUGAAGAGAAGCCGAUAAUAUUUGUUAAUAGUUUUGAUGCGUUGGAAGAAGAGGCGCUCAAAGAGAUUGAUGAUGGCAAGCUAAGCAUGAUUGCUAUAGGACCCUUGGUUCCAUGGGGAGAUUUAGUUUUUGAAAAAUCAAAAGACGACGACUACAUAAUGGAAUGGAUUGCAACAAAGCCCAAAGGGUCUAUUGUGUAUGUAUCUUUUGGGAGCCUCUUAGUGCUAACAAAGAAUCAAAAAGAUGCAAUAGCACAAGGUUUGUUAGAAUGUGGGAGGCCGUUUUUGUGGGUGAUCAGAAAUGGUGGCGUGGAAGGUGAAGAGAACAAAGAAAAGGUGGGUUAUAUGGAGGAAUUGGAAAAAUUGGGUUUGAUAGUUCCAUGGUGCAGUCAACUAGAGGUGUUGUCGCACCCGUCUUUGGGCUGUUUUGUGACGCAUUGUGGUUGGAACUCGACGUUGGAGACUAUAGUUUGUGGGGUUCCAGUAGUGGCAUUUCCUCAUUGGACUGAUCAGCCAAUGAACGCGAAGCUUCUGGCGGAUGUAUGGGAGACAGGAGUGAGGGUCACACCUAAUGAAGAUGGAGUGGUUGAAGGGGAGGAGAUUAGAAAAUGCAUUGAAAUGGUGAUGGCUGAUGAUGAAAAAGGAGUAGCAAUGCGAAAUAAUGCUAACAAGUGGAAGGAUUUGGCAUCGGCGGCUGUGAAAGAAACCGGAUCUUCUAAUACAAAUCUCAAAUCUUUUCUCGAGUUAAUAUAACUUUGACAAAGUGCUAAUUGUUUCCUCAUUAAUAAAAUUAAAUCCGGAAAUCUUUCUGUUAAA